UUCAGAUGUGUGUUUUUCAUACUAAGAUUUAUUUUUUUAAAUUUCAGAUCUUAUAUCAAUACGUACUUGUGAGUUAAAGCAGCAAGGUACUCGUACUGGAAGCUUCAACAUUGCUUCUACUUUUUGUCAUUUGUCUACACACGGGAAUUGGAUGUACACACGUGCUUGCUAAACAAUUUCGCCUCAGGACUGUAGUAUUGAGAUAUGGAAUAACACUUCUUGUUUCACGUGCUUUGAGCGGUGCUGUGGACGAUAUUCAGACCAGUAGCCACAUUGCAGCCCCUCAACCUGAUACUUUCAUAGCUAGUGCUUCCUUGACACAGUCGAGAUGACAACGUAGUCAAAGUCAACGGUUUAUACUGAUAUAACGCAUCAACGUCAUCGUCAUGGAGGACACCGACGUCGACCGUUACCUAAAGGAGAGCUGUCGCAGCUUCAGAGAGGCAAAGGUGAAGAACUCCGCCAGGAGAAACUCGUUGAUGAAGAAGACUCUCGGGAUUGAAAAUGAGCGCAAGAUGGCGACGGUACAGAUGAGCAGGGAGGAGAAACAGCUGAGAGAACAGCUGCGGCAGAUGCAGAUGGGGAAGAAGGUCACGGGCAACGCACACAAAGGUCUUGACAAGAAGACGAAAUCCAAGCCUGAUACCAAGAAACGUCCGAUCCCUUCCGGCGAUGUGGAUCCUUACCCUGUCACCUUCGCCGACAGGACACCCUCGCCCCACCGGAAGGGCAGACUCGAAGAAAAGGGUCGACUGUACGCUGCCAGACGACAGAGAAGAACUUCGCGAGAGUUCGAAGAUCUCCGCGUGAACACGACGACAGGAAAGCUCCUUGCAGCGAAGACUCACAGCUCCAAACUGCUCAUUCCAUCUAGCCUCUCGCCCUACAUAGCCAGGAGGAUCAUAGGAUCGCAAAACAGCAUGUCUUCCAGCGAUGACCUUACUGGAUCCGAUGAAACGGAAAUUCCAGGACCAGAAAGUUUGUCGGAGGAGCCAAGGAGCAAAGAAGAACUCCCGACCUCCAAGACUAAAGGUGGUUCAGCAGAGAAGUGACAUGGACAGAAAAUACACUUCUGUACAAGUCUUUGGUACAGGCUCUGACUCUUGAUACACGAAUGCCCGAUUUCAGCGGUAAUAUCCCCCACAAUCGACCUUGCGUCUCUUUGACAUAAGCGACGUCUGUGUGUCAGUGUGAAACGAGUCAACUCAAAGACGUCUCAAUUUUGAUGUCAUCAAAGUGGGUUUGAAUAGUCAAGAUGUGGAUGUAUGUAGAUUACAUCCUCAUGAGACCUUGGGGUAGGAUUCGAUUCCAUCGACAGACGACCCUUACUCGUGUACCAACCAGGGCCAUACUUGUCCCUCCCAUGACUGACUUCUUGCAGGAUGCAUGUUAUAUGUAUAGUUUCCACAACAGGUACAGUGUUUAUACCCGUACUGUGCAUGAUUGAGUUGUUUGAUUGUUGUAGAGACUUCCAUUGCCAUUAUAGUGUUGUUGGGUGGAAGUAGUAUAUAACUAAACCUGAUAAUUAGCGUGUAUAACCUUUGAAUGGCUGCCGAGCAUUAUGCUUGCUAUGUUAGUAAAGAUGGGGAUAUUUUCAUUCGAACCAAGAAUAGUAAUCAACUUUGAAAGAAUGGGUGUCUUAAAUACAGAAGGAAGUCACACCAAUGAUAUUGAAAAAAUCUGUCUGUUAUGGUGCCUUCGCCUAUGGAUUGACAAUAGUGUCCCAUCUGAAAGGAAAGCAAACGUAUAAAUAUUGAAGGAGUGGCCUGACGGAUUGGAUCAGAUGUUUCUGAACAUCUCUUGGGAACUGGCAGGCUUCGCUUGGUUUACUGUUGGUGCAGUGACCAUGAAUUGAUGUAAAUGAUGUAAAUUCAUUAGUAGUCCCUUUAGAUGUGUCGUAUCGCCUUCAAACUGACUUAAAUAUAUACUACGCCGAAGAUUACGACAUAUGUAGGAAUCAGGUGUACAUUAACAUUUUAAGUUGAUACGGUGACCAUAUUAUGUCUAGAGCAUGUAUUUGUACCCUGUUUAAAUCUUAGACAUAAUCAUAAUGCAAUGAGGGUUAUUGAAAUACAUCAUUCAGAUGUAACUAACAGAACAAGAACAAUCAAUCAAUUUGCUGAGGCUAGUUCCCUUCUAGUGCUAUUUACGUUGACAUCUUCUGUCACAGAUAUCGAGGAACAAAACAACAUAAACAUACACAUAGGUGUUAUUGACCUACACUUAUGACACCGGGUGUUUGGGGAACAGUGCGCGCUAAUAGUUCAAUCAUUGAUAUGUUACAGCAUGUUAACUGAGAAAAGAACUGGUAUUUGAACUACGCAUGUUAAAGUCGGCCGGUACCUUAAUAGUUUGCGACAAAAUAAAUUGCGGUUGUUAGUGCUGGGUCAUUAUUGAUUAUUUAGCUAAUGAUGGUUCAUUGGGAAAGAUAAACCUCCAUUUGUAAUGAGUUCAGCCUCAAUAAUCCAGUGUGUUACGUCCCCAUUAGGUCGCAACAGCUUUGUUUCGGAUGUGACGUCACACCUCCAUCGCGCAUGUCCCUAGUUUAAGUAGAACGUCUGCUCGUCAAAGUAAUUCGACUAGUAGCUUGCUAUUUAGCGUCUUUUCUCAUCAGAUCAGACAUUAUAUAUAAUGCACUGAAUAAUCGAAGUUUUAAAGACUCGAAUAAUCUAGAUUUCAGCAGUCGCCCAAUCACCAGACGAGAGUGCUAAAAUAGAUUUACAUCUUUAUAUACCAUUGUUACGAAGUUCUGUCACUGAUUGCACAGUUAUUUGGUCAUUCAUAUUGGUCAAGCGAACUGCGGUUUCUUCCAGCUUGACCACUAGUGUGUGACACAUAGCUUUACCAUUGUUAGCAUGGUGUUCGUGUCUGGGCCUAGCCGUCGAUGUGUGUCUCUGAUGCAUAUGAAUCACUUUUACUAUAUUCGAAUAUGUAUUAGUUUGUAUGCGUGAUAUCUGUUUCUUUGGGGUUGAUGUUUUAUACAAAGACAGGGGUUUUCCGAUAACCUUCGUCAUGCACAAGGUGAGAUCUUGUCCCCAAGCUGAGACCGGUUUAAGGAAAGGUCAGUUACUUUGUCCAGCGAUCUAGUAUGGCUUUUAGUUUACAGAUUGCUAGAGUAGUUUAACAAGCAUCCCAAUAACAUCCGUCCGCUGCACUGUAUAUAUACUCCUAUCGGAAAGUUAAGUUGACUUAUAGUUUUCGAGUUGUAGCAAGCCCCCAUAGACGGGCUAGCAGGUCUAGUUUCUAGCAGGUGUUGUGUUCAGACACAAGAAGGACACCAAAUACAUUGUCGACUAUUAACAAAAGUUAUAGGUAUGACAUUCUAACGGCCAAUCAAGAGUCUUUACUUCAGAGAUUCCAUUUUAAUCUGGAGUCCUGUCUGCUUGCCCAGGAUAUGAGACCCGUUCGUGUGGUUUCACGUUUCACCAAGACAGUAGACACCUAUGACCUGAUUCACUGAGAGCUGUAUUCCCACUUAAGCGAGUGAAUGAGUAUAAUGUUACGCCGCUGUGUACAGUACUACAGUUAUAUUACGGAGCGUCCGCUUCUGUGGGAGGAGAGCCCGGAUGAUGCAGGUCGACUUUCAAGAAACCAA